CUCCGCAGAUUUAAAUCCACACACUUCCAUUAAAACGUUUCCAUUUGGUCAUGAUUCCCAUUUCUUUCUUCUUCCCAACUAUCUGAAACAUGGGGAUCAAAGCUUUCACGGUGUCCUUCAUUUUCACUUCAAUCCUCCUGUCCGUUCUAUACCUCCCAACCAAACUAACUAUCCCCAUUACAAGGUUCAACCCCAUGUCAACCUUAAACAUCGUACAGAAAUCCAACAGGACAUAUCCGGUUACCUUUGCCUACUUAAUCUCAGCUUCCAAAGGGGACAUAAUCAAGCUAAAACGUACCCUACAUGCUUUGUAUCACCCUGGGAAUCGGUAUCUGGUUCAUCUGGAUCACGAGGCUCCUGCACAUGAGCACAAGGAGAUUUCAGAGUUCGUGUCGGAUCACCGGGUUUUCAGUUCGGUCGGUAAUGUGUAUAUUGUCGGGAAACCGAACCUGGUUACUUAUAGAGGUCCUACCAUGCUUGCCACAACUCUCCAUGCUAUGUCCAUGCUCUUGAGAUGCUGCGAAUGGGAUUGGUUUAUUAAUCUCAGCGCUUCUGAUUAUCCUAUAGUUACUCAAGAUGAUCUGAUUCACGCCUUUUCUGGUUUGCCGAAAGAUCUGAAUUUCAUUCAGCAUACAAGUCAACUGGGGUGGAAACUGAAUAAGAGAGGGAAACCCAUAAUAAUAGAUCCAGGGCUUUACAACAAGAACAAGUCAGAAAUUUGGUGGGUGAUUAAACAGAGAACACUGCCCACUGCUUUCAAGCUUUAUACAGGGUCAGCUUGGACAGUGAUCUCAAGAUCAUUUGCCGAGUACUCCAUUGUAGGCUGGGACAACCUGCCAAGAACUCUACUACUAUACUAUACCAACUUCGUAUCUUCACCAGAAGGUUACUUCCAGACAUUGAUAUGCAACUCAGAAGACUACAAGAACACAACGGUGAACCAUGAUCUUCACUACAUCACAUGGGACAACCCUCCGAAACAACACCCGAGGUCACUAGGACUCGAGGAUUUCAGAAGAAUGGUGAUGAGCGGCCGCCCAUUCGGCCGGAAAUUCAAGAGGAACGAUCCGGUCCUCGACAAAAUCGACAGGGAGCUGCUCAAGAGGAGGCAUGGGAAGUUCUCAUACGGGGGCUGGUGUUCCGAAAAUGGGAAGAAACAAAGGGGAUGCUCUAGUUUACAGGGCCAGAAUUAUGGUGUUUUGAAACCUGGAGCUGGGUCUAGAAGGUUAAAAGCUUUGUUAACUAAAAUUGUUUCGCCAAGGAGUUUCAGUAAGAGGCAGUGUAGACCCGGGAUUUAAAUUGAGAUUACCGUUGUGUUUUCGGUUACGUUACUUUUAUCGUAAUUACAAUAAUAGAUGAUGUUGUUACGGUUA